CGAUAUGUCUUCUUACAUGUGGACGUGGUUGUCCUCGCACCAACGGCGAUGAAGCCUUCGUCUGCGCAGGGAAUCAAAGCGGCGGACGGCUUCCUCCACCGGUGGCUGCCCCCGCUGCUCUUUGUGGGGGUUGUCGCCCUUUCGGUCACCCUCCUCUACCGCGCCACCGCGCCUGUGGUUUUCGUUUCCUCGACCUCCCGCCGAGUCGAUUUCAUCCAUGCUUAUCCUGUCGUCCCGAAGCAGCAGCUGGCGGCGUCCGUUCCGCCUCCGAGUUUAUAUCCCCCGCCGGAGCUGCAGUAUGAACCGGCGAGCUCUGCUCCUGCUGUUCCGCAGGAUGCGACAGAAAGCCAGGAAAUGAGGUUGGAGAGGGUCCUGAAAGCGGCUGCUACCGCGGACAACGCGGUGAUAAUAACCUCCUUGAAUGCGUUCUGGUCCACGCCCGGAUCUGUACUGGACGUGUUCCUGGAGAGCUUCCGCAUCGGGAACGGGACAAGAGAGCUGCUGAACCACCUGGUCAUCGUCGCCGUGGACGACAAGGCAUACGAGCGGUGCGUCGCCGUGCACCGACACUGCUUAGACUUCAAGGUCGAGGGGGUAGACUUCUCCGCCGAGAAGGUGUUCAACUCGCCCGAAUACUUAGACAUGAUGUGGGCGCGGCUCGAUUUCCUGCGCCUGGUGCUGGAGAAAGGCUUCGACUUCGUCUUCUCGGAUGUAGAUAUAAUGUGGUUCAGAAAUCCAUUCCCCUAUUUCUAUUCAGAUGGAGACUUCCAGAUAUCCUGUGACCGAUUCAAGGGUGAUCCUACCGAUCUAAAGAACUCGCCAAACAAUGGAUUCAAUUAUGCAAGAUCCAACAACAGAACCAUAGAAUUUUUCAAAUAUUGGUACUCCUCGCGUGCCAGAUUUCCUGGUGUUCAUGAGCAGAAUGUACUUAACAUUAUCAAGUUCGACCAACAUAUCCGAGACAUAGGUGUGAAAUUAAGAUUCCUCAGCACAGAGCGCUUUGGAGGGUUCUGUGAGCCAAGUAGAAACUUCAAUAAGGUCUGCACGAUGCACGCAAACUGCUGCAUUGGCUUGCGCAGAAAGAUUAAUGAUCUAAGAGCAAUGCUUGAUGAUUGGAGGAACUUCACAUCUCUGCCACCUGAUGUAAGGAUAUCUAGCAAUUUCAAAUGGAGUGUACCUCAAACUUGUAGAAUACCACCAGGUUUCUUCAGUAAGAAGGAAAAAACCCCUCAAGUUUAAGAUUAUGUUGAUAGCAUUCCUUCUCCUAUCAUCUCCAGGAGAUAAAAGUAAAAGAAAAAACAAGAAGCAUUCGAUAUGGCAAUCUUUUCCUACAUGAAUACUACAACAAUCAGACUUUGGAAUCAGGAGAUUUGUAAGAUCAUCUGAGUUAUGUGUUGUUCAUCAUAUUGACAACUGGAGAUGCUGAUGCCAAAUAUUUCUGUAUCCUUUGCCCAUGUUCUGUCUCGUUAUUUGCAGACAUAAUAUUAUUUAUUCAUUAUUGUUA